AUGCCAGCCAAAGUUGAAAUUCCUUCCUUUGAUACCUACAAACUAGAGACGCGUCUUGAAACAUUAACAGAUAUUGAAAGGCCAGAAGAUGCGAAAAGUACAGCUCAGUUGGUCAGGAAACUUGAUUCCCGACUUCUUCCUGUUUUGUGUGUUUUAUAUCUUUUGAGCUACAUUGAUAGAUCAAAUAUUGGUAAUGCCAAACUUGGUGGACUGGAAGAAGAUCUUGGACUUUCAAAAAGUGAAUAUCAAUGGGCGCUCUCGAUCUUUUAUUUUGCCUAUGUCAUAUUCGAUCUUCCAUCAAAUAUCGUUAUGCGACGCUGGCGUCCAUCUCAUUGGCUCGGGAUCUUGAUGGGACUAUGGGGUAUUGUUGCGACCGCAAUGGCUGCAUGUACAAACUUUGGCGGUCUAGCAGCCUCUCGUUUUAUGCUGGGUGUAUUUGAAGCAGGCUUCUUUCCAGGUGUUAUUUAUUUUAUGUCAUUGUGGUAUACUCGCCAAGAGUACGGGCGCAGGAUAGGCUUCUUUUGGUCCUUUGGAUCACUUGCUGGUGCAUUUGGCGGUCUUUUAGCAUACGCAAUUAGUCAAAUUCCUAAUGACAAUCUAAGGUCCUGGCAAUGGCUAUUUAUUAUUGAAGGGGUUCCGUCUAUUGUAUUGUCUAUAUUUGCAGCGUGGUACUUACCUAACAACCCGGAAACAGCCCGGUUUCUUACCGGAGAAGAGCGAGGGCUUGCUAUAAGCCGUUUAGCAAAAGUAUCCUCAGUAUUUCAUGACUGGAAAGUCUACGCUUAUAUGAUCAUAUACGUUUCAGGAACAGUUUCUCUUCAGGGAGUCACAUUGUUCUUACCAUCUAUUGUAGCUGAGAUGGGAACAUGGCCAAAAUCUACUGCUCAAGCAUUGACAACUCCUCCAUACUUUCUUGCAUUUUUGGUAACAAUUGGUAUAGGCUAUAGUUCAGACAAACUGUUUGAACGGGCUUACCAUAUGAUCGCUGUCAAUGUUUUUGCUAUGGCUGGAUUCCUUGUGCUAAUGUUUGUACCACAUGAAGAUGUUGCAGCCAAUUAUUUUGGGGCAUGCAUUGUCACUGCUUCUGUUUAUGCAAAUGUAUCAAUAAAAGUUGCAUGGUUUAAUAAUAAUUUUGCUGGGCUUACUAGGAGAGCAGUAGCGUCAGCCUCGAUUGUGUCUGUAGGAACAAUAGGAGGUGCGAUUGGAGGACAAAUAUACUAUGAUCCUCCUCUUUACUUUGCCGGAAAUACUAUUGCGUUUAGCUGUGUGGCUUUCCAAACGCUUCUUACUAUUGUGGUACGGCUUGCACUCUUAAGAGAGAACAAGAGACGUGAUGCUAUGACAGCUGAUAUGAAAGAACAAGAGAUUAUACGUCAUGGUGGAAUGGAACUGGUUGGAGAUAGACAUCCUGAUUUCAGAUAUGUACUCUGA